AUGAGUCGCCAGCCGAGAAUAGAUACUUCAGUACGGCAGCAGGUCUACUCCUAUGUCGAAACGCCAAUCGAGCUGAAUGGCCCCGAUGUGUGGCCUCCACAGGCUGCAGAAGCCACUCCAUCUCAGGACGCUGUCUACGAAGCCCAGCAGCAGCAGCAACAACAACAACAACAACAGCCCCCGAGUAUUCCGAGCAUUCCUAUUCCCCAACCUAUACACACCCCGCAACAGCAUCCUACGAAUGCCGCGACGCAUGAGCUUGAGCAGGCUCGACAGAUGCUCAUGCAAGAACGACGAGCAUUCUCUCCAAGCGGCACUCGUCCUCCAGAACAUCCUGCACUGUCAGCCCCAUACGCAGAGGGAGAUGUCACCGCAUCGAUGCACCGGGCGAGCACAAUAACGCAUUCAUCCUCGCAGUAUCAAUCACCGCCCUACCCCACCGUUUAUGGCACACUGCCAGAGAAAAGACCACUCCACACAUUCGAGCCAGCUUCUACUUCUACGCCCACUCUUGCUCGUACAGUGCCAAUUACCCCGGACACAAAUCCUUUACAAUCCCCGACUUUCUCGGUCCACCGAUCGGGUACCUUUACCUCUGUUAAUCAAGAGUCGCAGGACUCGUUCACGAACCACCAGCCAGUACAGACUGUUGCAGAAAUCGCGAGGGGAAGAUCCCACAAACCUAUUGGGCUUUGA